AUGGUGUGUAUGAGGAUUUCAACAGAUGAUGAAAAUUUGAUCGAUGAUGCCAUUGUUGAUGUAAACCAUGAUGUGAAUAUUGAAGAACUGAGUCGUGCUAUUAGUGAGUACAUUAAGCAAAUAGAAAUAGUAGAGUUACCCCAAGAAAAAGAAAAUGAUAUAAAGAAAGUCAUGCAGCUUCAUGCGAAGGCAGCCAAAGAAAUAUUAAUUGUCAACAUGUGGAAGUUAGAUUUGCAUGGUCUUCAUGCAAUGGAGGCAGUUCAAGCUCUAGAGGCACACUUGAAGAUGAUUGAAUCUCAAGUUUCUACAUCAGCUAGGCAGAGACGAAGAUCAUUAUUGGUAAUAACAGGCAGAGGCAAUCACAGUCGGGGACAACCUGUCCUUCCAACAGUUAUUAGAAACUUUCUCAGUGAGAAUGGAUAUGACUAUGACGACUCAGGACCUGGGGCGAUCACAGUACGACCCAAGUGA